AAAUUCAAUAAUAUUAAUUAAUUGAAGAAACCCCUGGGGGAUCGAUUGAGUAAAUAAAUUUUUCAAUUUGCUAAUAAACUCAUUUGUUAUAUAUCCAAAUCAAUGAAUUGUUUAAUUUUUUAUUAACAAUUAUUAUUGUGUCAGACUAUUGAGUCGUUCCAGAUGUACAAUAAAUGUUACACGAUUGCGCGUUGAUAACAAUAAUCAUUACCAUUUUGAUAAUAAAAAAAAAAAUUAAUUAAAAGCAUAAAUAAAUUUCCAAAACAAUUUUUCAUUUUUUAUUUAUUUAUUUUACAAUUUAUUGAAGCUUUUUUUUAUUUUUGAUUCUGGAAAAUGGGCGUGGCAAUUAAAUGAUUAAUGAACAUGAUCAUCAUAAAGUUGGAUUAUUGAAAAAAUAAAUUAUAACAUAUAAAAGUGCACAACAGGCAAUUUGAUCUAAUUUUUUAAAAUUAAAUAUUCAUGUAGUUGUUUUUUAAUUGAAAAUAAUUCAAAAGUUUCUACUUUAAAUAAUUAAAUAUAUUUUACAAAAUAAUUAUUGCCAGUUUUUUUUUAUUUUGAAUUAUUUGUUGAUAUUAUUUAUUUAUUUAUUUUUUUUUUGGUCUUUAUUUAUUAUCAAUUCAAUAUGUAAAAGUAGAAAUAAAUAAAUAUCAGAAUUGUCUUGUGUUCAUCCAUCCAAAUCACUAGCAUUUCAAAGAUUUCCAUAUUUUAAUGAAGCCCUUUAAAUAAUUAAUAAUCAAUAUAUCUUUUUACUCGACCUAUUUUUCUGUAAACAAAAUAUUUAAUUAAUUUAUUUUGAAUACAACAAAAUAACUAUAAAAUAUUAAAUGAAUAAAUAAAAUAUUUUAAUAUUAAUUUAAAAAAAUUAUUUAUCAGUUACUUAUAUAUUUUUAUUUUUUAUUUUUUAUUUUUUGGUUUUGUGAUACCAAUGAAAUCAGUAAAAAAAAAAAAAGAUAAUUUUUGGAGCAGUGAGACAUGUAUAAUGUCAACGACUAAAUGAACUGCUGUGAUGUGAUAAACUAUCUUUCAAAUUUAUGUUAAAAAAUUAAUAUUAAAACAAGUAAAUACUAGUUGAAAAUUAAAAAUUAAUCAUGGAUAUUGUACGAGAGAGAAUUUUGCGACGAUUUGAUGCACUCAGAUCCCGUUGUAAUGCGUAUUUAUAUGGACAUAAUCUUGAUAGAUCAGAAAAUGGUGGUUCUCAAAAUAGUGAUGGACAUCCUGUUCAACCAGAAGAUCUUGAAGAGAGAGUAAUAUUUGUAAACGCACCACAACAACCUGCCAAGUAUAAAAAUAAUCAUAUAACAACAGCAAAGUACACUAUUUUAACAUUUAUACCAUCAUUUUUAUUUGAGCAAUUUCGAAGAUACAGCAAUUGCUUCUUCCUUUUUGUUGCACUUAUGCAGCAAAUUGAUGGUGUAUCGCCAACUGGACGUUACACAACAUUGGUGCCACUAGUUUUUAUUCUUGCUGUAUCUGCUCUAAAAGAAAUAAUUGAAGAUAUCAAAAGACAUCGAGCUGAUGAUGAAAUAAAUAUGCGACAAGUUGAAGUACUUCGUGAUGGUAAAUGGAUGUGGAUACAAUGGCGUCAAAUUGGUGUUGGUGAUGUUGUAAAAGUGCACAAUAAUAAUUUCUUCCCAGCAGAUUUAAUACUUUUAUCAUCAUCAGAACCACAGGGUAUAUCAUUUAUUGAAACAGCAAAUUUAGAUGGUGAAACAAAUUUAAAAAUUCGUCAAGCACAUACGGAAACAGUAACAUUACUUGAUACAGCUGAACUUAUGAAUUUUCAUGCAAAUAUACAAUGUGAACCACCAAAUAAACAUUUAUAUGAAUUUAAUGGUGUGUUGCGUGAAACACAAAAACAAAGUGUUGCAUUAGGUCCAGAUCAAUUAUUAUUACGUGGUGCAAUAUUACGUAAUACAAAAUGGGCAUUUGGUGUUGUUAUUUAUACUGGUCAUGAUACAAAAUUAAUGCAAAAUAAUGCAACAACAGCACCACUUAAAAGAUCAACACUUGAUAGACACACAAAUACACAAGUAUUAAUGUUAUUUUUUAUAUUAUUAGUACUUUGUUUAAUAUCAACAAUAUUUAAUGUUGUAUGGAUUAAUGCAAAUAGUGAUGGUCUUUGGUAUGUUGAUUUAACUAAAACAAUGACAACAAAUUUUUUAUUUAAUUUAUUAACAUUUAUUAUAUUAUUUAAUAAUUUAAUACCAAUAUCAUUACAAGUUACACUUGAAGUUGUACGUUUUGUACAAGCAACAUUUAUUAAUAUGGAUAGUGAAAUGUAUCAUGCUGAAAGUGAUACACCAGCAAUGGCAAGAACAAGUAAUCUUAAUGAAGAAUUAGGUAUUGUUAAUUAUGUAUUUACUGAUAAAACUGGUACAUUAACUAAAAAUGUUAUGGAAUUUAAAAGAUGUACAAUUGGUGGUAAAAUAUAUAGUUUACCAGAUCCAACACAACCUGGUAAUAGUCAUGCUCAUUAUGAUGAUAUUAGUGAUUUUGUUAAAAAUAUAAAUGAUGCUAAAAAAUCAACAGAUAAAAAAAUCAUUAAUUCAGCAUCAAUAUUACAUGAAUUUAUGGUAAUGUUAUCAGUAUGUCAUACAGUUAUACCAGAAAAAAUUAAUGGUAAUGUUAUUUAUCAUGCAGCAUCACCAGAUGAACGUGCACUUGUUGAUGGUGCACAUAAAUUUGGUUAUAUAUUUGAUACAAGAACACCAGCAUAUGUUGAAAUAAUUGGUCUUGAUAAACGUUUAAGAUAUGAAAUAUUAAAUGUCAUUGAAUUUACAUCAGCUAGAAAAAGAAUGUCUGUUAUUGUACGUACACCUGAUGGUAAAAUUAAAUUAUAUUGUAAAGGUGCUGAUUCAAUAAUAUAUGAAAGACUUGAAAAUAUUGAUAAUAAUGAUGAUAAUUUUCGUCAAAUAACACUUGAACAUCUUGAAUUAUUUGCUAGUGAAGGUUUACGUACACUUUGUUUUGCAUAUGCUGAUAUAGAAGAAAGACAUUAUGAAACAUGGAAAGAAAUAUAUCAUAAAGCAUCAAUAACAAUGACAAAUCGUGAAUUAAAAAUUGAAGAAGCUGCUAAUUUAAUUGAAAAUAAAUUAAUAUUACUUGGUGCAACAGCAAUUGAAGAUCAUUUACAGGAUCAAGUACCAGAAACAUUACAAGCAUUAUUACAAGCAAAUAUUAAUGUAUGGGUAUUAACUGGUGAUAAACAAGAAACAGCAAUUAAUAUUGGUUAUUCAUGUAAAUUAAUAACACAAACAAUGCCAUUAAUUAUUAUUAAUGAAAAUUCAUUAGAUAAAACACGUGAUGUUAUUGUACAACAUUGUGCUGAAUUUGGACAAGAUUUACGUUGUCAAAAUGAUGUUGGUCUUGUUAUUGAUGGUACCAGUUUAAAAUAUGCAUUAUCACAUGAUUUAAGAAGUGAUUUUUUAGAUUUAUGUAUAUCAUGUAAAAUAGUUAUAUGCUGUCGUGUAUCACCAAUGCAAAAAGCUGAAGUUGUUGAUUUAGUUACAACAAAUACAAAUGCUGUUACACUUGCUAUUGGUGAUGGUGCAAAUGAUGUUGCAAUGAUACAAAAAGCACAUAUUGGUGUUGGUAUAUCUGGUGUUGAAGGUUUACAAGCAGCAUGUGCAUCUGAUUAUUCAAUAGCACAAUUUUGUUAUUUAAAAAGAUUAUUAUUUGUUCAUGGUUCAUGGAAUUAUAGUAGAAUGUCAAAGCUAAUAUUAUAUUCAUUUUAUAAAAAUAUAUGUCUUUAUGUUAUUGAAUUAUGGUUUGCAAUAUAUUCUGGUUGGUCAGGACAAAUUUUAUUUGAAAGAUGGUCAAUUGGUCUUUAUAAUGUUGUAUUUACAGCAGCACCACCACUUGCUAUGGGUUUAUUUGAUAAAGUUUGUUCAGCUGAAACUUUACUUGCUCAUCCAAGAUUAUAUGCUGCUAGAAAUUCAAAUAGAACAACAUUUGAUAUACAAGUUUUUUGGAUGUGGAUAUUAAAUGCAUUACUUCAUUCAUCAGCAUUAUACUGGCUAUCAAUGUUUAUGCUUGAACAUGAUAUUAUAUGGAAAAAUGGACGUGAUGGUGGUUAUAUUGUUCUUGGAAAUUUUGUCUAUACAUAUGUUGUUGUUACUGUUUGUGGUAAAGCUGGACUCAUUACAAAUUCAUGGACGUGGGUUACACAUCUUGCUACUUGGGGUUCUAUUGCACUCUGGUUUUUAUUUAUAAUUAUAUACAGUCGAUUUUGGCCAACUAUUGGUGUUGGAGCUGUUAUGACUGGUAAUGAUAUUAUGCUCUUUUCAUCACCUGUAUUUUGGCUUGGAUUAAUUUUCAUACCAACAGCUGUAUUACUCAUUGAUGUCACAAUCAAAGUAAUUAAAAAUACAAUGUUCAAAUCAUUGGCUGAAGCUGCAAGAGAACAGGAAAUACGAAAAUCAGAUCCAAGUGAUUUAUUUAGUAAUCAAGACUACAGACCUUCAAAUAUGCCUGGUGUUUGUGAUAUAUCAUUGCAAAGUAAUGAGUUUAUUUCAUGUCCUGGGGAAAUACGAUCACUUGCUCAUUCUGAAAUUGAAACUUAAAUUAUAAAACAAAAAAUGUAUAUGUAAAAUGUAAAAUCAUAAAAUCAUAAACAGGCGACGGAGACCAAGUGUAUUGAAGAAAUGUUUGAACCGGUGUUGUUCAUUUGCAAUUCCGAGCAGGCGAAGAAGUUUCAGGAUGAAUCCAUUGAACUUUGUAACACAACGUGGAUCAUGGUAUCCAGAGUAAUAAAUCAUCUGUGACAAUCAACAAAAUUCAAUAUCAUUCCAUACUGUAGAAAACCAAUUAAACAAACAAACAAUACAAACAUAUAUCAAAGAAAAAAACAAAUAAAACACAACCCUCUGUCGCUCCUGAGAUUUUACAAGUACAAAACACUAUAAAAACAUUUACAAAUAGAAAAAAAAUAAUAUAGGUGCUUCCAUAACAUUCAAUGAUACAGUUUCACAUUAAAAUUUUUAAGCUAAUCAUUAUUCAAUAAACAAAAUAUAUACUUUUAAAUUUUUUUAACGAAGUUUUUUUUUUUUUUCUUUUUCGACACAUCCUCUCAUUCAUUUAUUAAUCAUUAGAUAAUAAUUAAUUCAAAAAUGAACUUGUGAUAAAUAAUGCAAUGUGCAUGAGUAUUACUAUAAUUUUUUUCAAUAUUUAUUAAUUAAAUAUAAAUUAACAUUUACUUUUAUCACCAUUAAACAAAAUGACAAUGUUGAGAAAAAAAAAAAAGAAAUACACAUUCCAAUAAUUUAUAUUUAUAAUAUAUUGUUUUAUGUAUAAUUAUUAAAUAUGUUUUUAUAAUUAUUUUAAUUUCAAUAUUUAUUUGUACGCAUUAAUUAUUAUUGCACCAUUUUAUAUUUUUAUUGUUUUAUAUUGAUUCCAGCAAGCAGCUAAAUUUUUGUAAAUUUAGUAAUUUUUUUUUGUUGAAAAAAAAAUAGAGUUUAGUAGAAAAAUUUAAAAAAAAAAAAAUAAUAAUACUACGAAACAAUCAUAGAUGACUUUGGCAAUAUAUUGAAAAUUUCAUAAAGUUGAUAAUUGUAAAAAUUCAUUGAAUUUAAUGUAUGUUUUUAUUUUGGUACUUUUUAAAAGACGUAACCCGUACAGGCCUGUGCAUGCCAUCGCCGAACUUGCGAGGUGUAAGUACCCUCUGUUAGAUAAAAAAAAAAAAUUAUUUUUAAUAAAAAUAUAAUUAGUAUUUAGACACAGUAGAUAUACGACACCCCAACGGCUUUUUGCUUUCACUACAAUUCAAUAAACAUUUACAUUUACUUGAACAUAAAUUUUUUACAAUUAGUUAAUUUUUAUUUUUCAUGUAUUUUAUGUAUUUUUAUUAAUUUUAUGUAUUUUUUUUUUUUUUUUUUGCUUUAUUGUAUGAUUGGAUGGUUUUUGAUAUGCUUGUAUUGUGAAUUUUUAUUUUAUUUAUUAUUAACUUGAUGGAAAGUAGUUUUUUAUUGAAAAAUAAUGACAAAUUGACAAUGCCAAAAAAAAAUAAUGAAAAAGACUGAAGAUAUAUUUAAUUGUAAUUUGGAUCAUCACAUGAAGAAAGAAAAAUAAAAAAAAAAAAUAUGAAAAAUGUGUUUAAUUAAAAUGGCAAUUUGACACUUGAAUUUAUGGAAAAUCAAUCACAAUGCACGAAUUACAGAUUGACCGAGA